AUGAACAGUGGAGGUAAUGAUAGUUUUGAUUACCUUCUUCAAUUGACAAAAACUUUAACGGCAGAAUGUCGGGCCAACAGACAAGAGACUGACCGGAUAGAGCUACUGCUAAAGCGACUUGCCAAACAAUCAGGCAUAUCCUACGAUAAAUUGAGCAAAAGUAUAGUUCCGGACUCAUGGAAAGAUGACAAAUCUGAAACAGCAGCGUCCCCUAGUGAAGCACAACAGCUCAUUUUUGAGAAUUUCAAAUUAAUAUACGAGAUUGAAAAGCAAGAGUACUUCAAUAUUAAGGUUCUUGCCCUAAUUAGCCACAUAAAUGAGCAUUUGUCAUACAUCAAGAACUUUAUUGACGAACAAAAUGCAAUAAGAGGACGAGAUGUGGCCGUAUUUACAUCAGAGAAAAUUUAUGAAAGGAACGAAAGUCUUCAACAAAAUUAUGAGUUGUUAAAGUCGGAAAACGUGGAAACAAAAAGGAAACUAUAUGCCAUUAUUGAGCAGCUCAAAACACUUUUGAAAGAGAUUGAUUGGGAGCUCAUACCUAAAGAUUCCAGGGACUUUACUCGCUUUCAAAAACAGCUAGAGUACCUGCAAAACGAAUACCACAUAUUGAAGUAG